GUGGGGAUUGGUCAGUGGCAAUGAACAGUCCUGUACACAACUGUACACACAAACACACACGUAAUCUCCUCACAGUGUGGUGAAUGUAUGAGGUGUGUGUCUGUCAAUCUGGGACUGUGUGUGUCUGUCAAUCUGGGACUGUGUGUGUCUGUCAAUCUGGGACUGUGUGUGUGUGUCUGUCACUCUGGUACUGUGUGUGUCUGUCAAUCUGGGCCUGUGUGUGUGUGUCUGUCACUCUGGGCCUGUGUGUGUGUGUCUGUCAAUCUGGGCCUGUGUGUGUCUGUCAAUCUGGGCCUGUGUGUGUGUCUGUCAAUCUGGGCCUGUGUGUGUGUCUGUCAAUCUGGGCCUGUGUGUGUGUCUGUCACUCUGGGACUGUGUGUGUCUGUCAAUCUGGGCCUGUGUGUGUGUGUGUGUGUGUGUCACUCUGGGCCUGUGUGUGUGUGUGCGAGUGGGUGUGUGUGUGUGUCACUCUGGCCCUGUGUGUGUGCGAGUGGGUGUGUGUGUGUGUGUCACUCUGGCCCUGUGUGUGUGCGAGUGGGUGUGUGUGUGUGUGUGUCACUCUGGCCCUGUGUGUGUGCGAGUGGGUGUGUGUGUGUGUGUGUGUGUGUCACUCUGGGCCUGUGCGAGUGGGUGUGUGUGUGUGUCACUCUGACCCUGUGUGUGUGCGAGUGUGUGUGUGUGUGUCACUCUGGGCCAGUGUGUGUGUGUGUGUGUGUGUGUCACUCUGGGCCAGUGUGUGUGUGUGUGUGUGUGUGUGUCACUCUGGCCCUGUGUGUGUGUGAGUGUCACUCUGGCCCUGUGUGUGUGCGAGUGGGUGUGUGUGUGUCACUCUGGCCGUGUGUGUGUGUGUGUGUGUCACUCUGGGCCUGUGUGUGUGUGCGAGUGGGUGUGUCACUCUGGCCCUGUGUGUGUGUGUGUGUGUGUGUCACUCUGGGCCUGUGUGUGUGUGUGUGUCACUCUGGACCUGUGUGUGUGUGCGAGUGGGUGUGGGUGUGUGUGUGUCACUCUGGGCCUGUGUGUGUGUGCGAGUGGGUGUGUCACUCUGGCCCUGUGUGUGUGUGUGUGUGUGUGUGUGUGAGAAAGAGAGGACAUGAGUGUGUAUUUUUCUGCACAUGCUCUAACCCUCUGCCUUAUAAAUGCUGACAAACACUGGUGCACAAAAUUUAAAACUAAUCAUUAGACAGAGUCUGUACAUAAAUGAACGACAUUAUAUUUCUCACUUCUGUUUAUUACACACAUCUGUAUGAAUCUCAGGAUUAGUGCUCAAGGGUACCGUCUUCUCUCAAUGUGCAUUUUACUGUUAUUCCUUUUAUUUCAGAUUUGUGUAACACUGACGUGUGUGUGUGUGUGUUUUCUCUUCCUUGCUGCUAGACACAGCAUCGUGGCACUUUCCUCUCCUGCCCAGUUCAACUGAGCUUAAACACAACACACAGCUUUAGUCUAAACUUAGUCUCUUAAACUUGUUGUUACAAGCAAACUGUUAUUGACCCGAAAAAUGACAAAAUGAUGCACACUUUUUUUUUUUUUUGUACAUUUAUGUGCUAUUUUUGAUCGGCGUUAAUUUUAUGACACUGUUUUCAAGGCUGUUAAUCGCCUCUUUUGUACAGAUAUACACUGUAGAUUCUGAUCAUUUGUGUAAUUAUGUCUUCCAAAUGUUUUAAAGAUGUUUUUAUUAUAUUUACGGUAUUACUAAAAGACUGUGUAUAUGGCACAGAGGUAAAAUAAAAAUGAUAUAAUAUCAGUGUAAGUAGAGCAAAAUGGUACUCAAACUUUUAUUCUAGUCAUCUUUUUUUAUGGUGAAUGAAAAGACUGAUAACUUGAUUAAAAACUCGAUUUCAGA